AUGGCAAACAGCCUCCUAUCAGCGUUGCUGCUCGGUUUGAGCGCAACUGGGGCCGUGGCAGCUCCCAAUGCCAAACGGACGUUAAACCAAGGAGGAGCACCGCUCAAGGUCAUCUCUUACAAGGAAACGCCCAAUGGAUUCCGCAGCUCUGCCCGUGGGUGGAACUCGUUCGGCAUCCAGGCAAAUCCCCAGACUCUCCCUAGUUUCAAACUUGAUCAAGAGCAUGUCAUUGAACAGUGUGAUCGUCUGGUCGGCCUCCCUGGAUAUGAUACCUGCAGCUUGGACUCGGGUUGGUCUGUUGGAGGAAACGGCGACGAGUAUGGCCGUAUCAUUUACGACGAUACGGUCUUUGAUAUUCCCAAAUUGGCAGACCAUCUUCACAGCAAGGGUUUGAAGAUGGGCGUCUACAUUGUGCCAGGUGCUUUCCUCGCAGAUGUCAACAAGACCAUCAUUCACACGGAUGUUAAGAUUGGCGAUGUUUGCCAUGGUAACGAGGGCCUUGUAAGAUGCAUUUUCGACUUCACGCAGCCUGCCGCGCAGCUGUGGCACAACUCUGCCGCCGAUCUGUUUGCUUCGUGGGGAGUUGACUUUGUGAAACUCGACUUCGUCACUCCUGGCUCGCCUGAUAAUGGCCAAAUGCUCCCUGCUGAUGGAAGCGGCUCCGUCAUCGCAUGGCACAAGGCUAUUAAGCAAACUGGCCGCAAGAUGAGACUCGACAUUUCCUGGAAGCUUGACCGGACCCAAAAGUAUUUCAACAUCUGGAACUCAAAUGCCGAUUCCAUGAGAACCGACCAGGACCUCAACAAUAGCGGCCAGUCGUCGUUUGUAUCGUGGGCUACUGUUCAGCGAGCCUUUGACAACUACCGCCAAUUCAUCGUUGCCGGCUUGCAGCUUUUUGACCACUUAAACAUCUACCCCGACAUGGAUAACCUUCUUGUCGGCAACAACGCCACAACCUCCGGGAUCACAGACGCACAGCGGCAGACAGUCAUGACGCACUACAUCGGAGCAGGCGCCAACCUGAUUCUGGGCUCUGAUCUCACCAAUCUCGACAAGUUUGGCGUCAACCUGCUAACCAACAAAGCGGCACAGGCUGUGGCCACCUUUACUGCACAGUAUCCUAUACAGCCGCGCAACCCCGGUACCGGUGGGCAGGACUCCCAGCAGCUCCAGGCCUGGAUCGCAGGACCUGCUCCCAACGGCCAAGCUGUUGUCGUGCUCGCCAACUACGGCCCCGACCUCGGCCAGGGAGGAUUCAACGGCACCAGCACCGACGUCGAGUUGGUUUCAGCUUCGUGGAAGGAUUUGGGGAUCAAGGGAACUUAUCGUGUCCAUGACGUUUGGAACAACAAGGACCUGGGCAGCCAGAAGAGCGGCGUCAAGGCCAGCUUGGGACCCGGCGAAAGCGUUCUCUUGACGCUGACUCGGGUAUAA